UUUGUUCCCGUUCCAUCAGGUGUCUGCAAUGCCCUUUCCCUGGAAAUUAAAGUCAAUCCUAAAGUCCGAGCUUUUGUGGGCGAGCAGGCGCUGCUGAAAUGCUCCUUCAGAUCCAGCUCCCCCAUCACCGACAGCCUGCUGGUGGACUGGACCUACCGGCCCCUCGCUGGGGGCCAGAUGGAGACAAUUUUUCACUAUCGCUCCGUCCCACACCCCACAACAGCGGGGAGGUUCAAGGACAGGAUCAUCUGGGUUGGGAACGUUGCUAACGGCGAUGCCUCCAUCGCCAUCCAAAGCCCGGAGCUCAGCGACAACGGGACAUUCAUCUGCAGCGUGAAGAACCCUCCAGAUGUUUAUCACAACAUCCCCCAGACCGUGCUGCUGGUGACAGAGCGGGGCCUGGCCUUCCAGCUGAGCUCAGCAGCUCUGCUCUCCAUCCUGGUGUUCCUCCCUUCUGCCCUCGUGGUCGUCCUGCUGCUGGUGAGGAUGGGGAGGAAAUUCCGGCUGCUGAAGGAGAAAGGAAAAUAUGGCUACAAGAAAUCCUCCAUUGAAGUGUCUGAUGAGCCUGAGCACCCAGACCGGGCUGGCUGUGGGGGGAAGCUCAAGGAGUGGUGCCUGAACUGUGUGGACACGGAUGAGGAAGAUCCCUACUGACCAAAGCUGUGCAAAAAGAUCAAAAUUACAGCACUGAAAAUCCUGGUUAGACCCUUCCAGAGGCUGCUGGGUGACCAGUGCAGACUGAAGGACACGAUCUGCUCUCAGUGGAUCGGAGGAAUAAUGCUGAUGGGAUAAUUCACUUCCAUUUAAACACAAAAUAAUGAUGUUCUAAAAAUCUUUCUCAUUUAUUGGGGAAAAGAAAAUCUCUCGCCCUCGGAUCUGCGGGGCCCAGAGAAGCCUCAGUGCCCACAGUGCCAAUGUGCCUUGGUUUUCCUGCAAGCUGCUUUGGUUCAUUGGUUUGGUUUUUUGGUGACAUCCCUCUUUUCCUGAGCUCUGGAAACCCAACUUUUUUGAAGAAAAAGCUGCUCCAGCUCUCUGGGCACUGCCAAGGUUUGUUCUCAGGAUUUUUCGGAACAUACUGACUCACAGCAGUUUGAUGAAGUGAUACCUGGCAUCCUCUGUGCUGGAGUGAAGAGAACCUACUGCUUUUGAAGUAUUUUUUAUUAUUCAGCUGCACCACUGGGUAUUGCUCCUUCUACCUGUAGAAGCGAAGCACAAUUCAUAGAAAACAAUUUUAUUUUCUUCUUUUUUGAAAUCAGAAAUGCAAAUGGGGACUCUGUUUCUGGGGACACACAACCCCAUCUACCUCAGCCAUGGACUCAAGCACUGCCAAAGGAAUGUUCUGGUUGCAGUAGUUGUUUUCUUCCUCCCUUCUUCUAGGACCUGCUUUAGGGAAAUGGUUAAUUGUGAAGCAAUUACUUCCCCUUGGUGGUGAAGGGCAUUUCCUCUUUCACCAGCCUUAUCCACCCAUGAAUGGCAGACAGCAGUGGGAUUCAUUCACUCAAUCCCUAAAAAGCUGCUUUCUUUCUGUAUCACUCAAAUAUUAUCCUUUUACAGACGUGCUCCAGGUCUACUGCGGAUUUUGCUGUGCAAUUACCAAUAAAUUCCAUUAUUCCAUUCUGGGCUGUGCGUCUGUUUAUUUGGCUAAAUACAGCUGGACUCAUAAAACUGCCAUCCUGAGGUGUAAAAAUUGUCAUUUGAUGAUGGGUGAAGAUUUAUAGGGAGCAGAUUUAACCCUAAAGAGGACAAGUCCCCCCCUUGAGCAUCUGUGCUGGCUGCAGCUUUCAGGUGUGGUGAGGCUCUCCCUGACAAGUAGGUCAGAUCUGUGCUCCAGAUAAAAACAUAUCCCCCCUCUCUGCUCUAAAGCAAUAUUUCAAGUGUUUGUGCUCCGUGGCAACACAACAUCUCUGUCAGCCAAACCUUCCCUGGGAAAGGCUGCUGGGAUCACAGAGCCUGGGGAAGUGGCUUUGCUGUUCCCCUCUCAGCACUCGCGACUUCCCCUGGGGAACCAGAGGCUCCUUUUUGCUGCAAAAUGCUGCAUUUCAGCUGGGCCUCCUUGGCCACGGGUCUGCUGCAUCCUGGGCAAGUGUUCCUGCUGCAAAGCUGAGCUGUGGAUGCUGCUGAGCUUCCUCCUCCUCUGCCAUCCAGAUGGAAUUUCUUGGUGUGCUGAUGCAGACAAGGACAGAUAAAACAAAUGUCUUAGAAAAUCAGGCCUAAAUUACCAGAUAAAUUACCUGAAAUCAGGCCUAAAUUUCCAGCUAAAUUACCUGAAAUCAGGCCUAAAUUUCCAGCUAAAUCAUCUAAAAUCAGGCGAAUCAGCUGGCCUGGUACUCCUCAGUGCAGCUAGCUUGUAAGUUCUCAUAAGUUACCCAAACAAUCUAGUAAGGAAAACAGGCUGCAGCUGUAAUAACAAGAAAUUUGUCCUGUGAGAAUCAGUGAGCAAAAUAUGUAAACAACCCAAGAAUAGAGAGAUUUGAUGGAAAGGUAAAAUGCCAUUUACUAACCAAUGAGUGCAGCAAGGAAACUGCUGCCAAUUGGAACUGAACACAAAGUCUGUGAAAAAUGAGGUUUGUGAGUAAAGAAGGGGCUUUUCUGCAUUAAAAACUGAGUUUUGACUGCUUUAUUGCAACAGUGUGCCAUGGAAGGCACUGAUACUGGAAUAGAGAGAGGGGAUACUGGGAUGGGGAAUGGGGAUGCUGGAAUGGGGAUACUG